AUGUCCAAGAAAUCAGCCAAAUCGAAGAAAGAAGAAGCCCUAGCUUUCCUUGACGACCUCGACAAGCUAGGCGAGGAGGACUCGACCGAGACUUCUUCAGCUUCGUUGACGGCGGACCAAGGUCAAACUCAAGCUGGAUCGUCUGAGGGUAAAGGGAAAGCCUCGAUGGAUAUCCCUAGGAAGAGCGUGGAUUCUUCUAGGUCUGCCGUCAAUCCUGGUGCAGGGACGGGGACGGGUAUGGUACCUCCUGCGAAAGGCAAAGGGAAUAAGAAAGCUUUGACCGGGAAUGCUAGCGCUGCUACGUCUAACCCGUCUACCACUACCUCGGCUGGUGGUCCCGGCUCAUCAUCGACCUCGACGGACAAGACUACCACCGGAACUACCAAUGCCCACGAAGAAGACCCCGAAGCGGCCCUAGCUUACCUUCAAGCCCAGAUCGACCAGAAGAACCGCCCCAUCUCCCGCGUUCAGACACCUACUACCACCUCGACUCCUUCCAUCGCACGUCCCGCCACCCCUCAGAACUCAGCGACGAUCGGGUCGAUCUUACCCGCUCCUACGACGACGAGGAAGUCCAUCGAACAGACCCGUUCUCGAGCUGGAACCCCCUUGAACGAACCUACCUCGACCACCACCUCGUCUGACCCGAACACCACUACGACGAACUCUUCUUCAGGGGGAGGCUGGGGCUUCUGGUCCUCCGCCCUCCAAACAGCCAAAUCCACAGCCACCUCCGCAUACACCCAAGCUUCCCAAGUAGCCUCUGCCGCCCAGUCCGCCGCACUAGCUCAGGCGGAGAAGAGCGGGGUGAAUUUGAACGUCAAUGAUUAUGUCCCUGUAGGGGCGGAUUUGAAAGGGUUGAAAGGGUUACAGGGGCUUAACCUUGAAGAGUUGAAGAAGGCUGGAUCGGGGGGGUUGGAAGCGCUCAGGACUAGGGUUGGGGAGGGCGUCAAGGGGGUGGAUUUGGAGAGGUUACGCCAAGACAUCCUCGCAGGGACCUCUCACGCGCUGACCGAACUGAUCAACACGGUCGCCCCGCCCAUCUCCGAGCACGAGGUCGUCCAAGUCUGGAUGACUCACCGGAUGAAGGGGUACGAUGGGGUCGAGAGCGUCGUCUAUCAGGGGGUUAUGAAGAUGAUGGAACAAACCUCUUCCUCCGAACUCGAAGUCUUCUUCUUGCCUUCUCCCUCCACCUCCGGCCAUGACCAAUCGGAACGUUCCAUCAACCCGCUUGAAGGUUGGGAAGCGGGUUGGGCCGCCGUAGAGAAGGACCUCGAGGGUCUCAAGAUGCGUGCGGGGUCGGAUGAGCGUAAAGGAGAACCGAACCCGGACCUGCCGGUGACGACAGUCCCUAUCUACCUGCACCUCCAACCCGUCCUCGUCCCUCUCCCAUUCGCCGAACCCCCUUCCUCGAAGGAAAAGGAGGGCGCGCCUUCGGUCCAGCCGAAACAUCUGACGUUCAUCGUCACUUUGCACGACGAUGUGCACGGUCUCAAGCAGAGCACCGUCACUCAGUAUUCGCCGGCGGAUUGGAUGGACGUCGAGUACGAGAGGAGCGAUUGGGUGGAAGAGCGGUUGGUCGAUGUGAUCCGCGUCGGAGUGGAGAUUGUGAUCCAAGAGUACGUUGCUGUUCGGAUGGGUCUGAAGGCCAAAUCAACGGCCGAGGCGUCCGAGCAAAAGCCGCCGAGCUCGACGACUGAGGACAAGGAGACGACCGAAGAAAAGGUGGCCAAAGAGGCCGGUGUGGGGACAUGA